GCCAGAGAAGCCGCCCAAAAGCGCUCCCCACACGCCCGCGCGCCCGCGCCUUCGCCUUUCUUCGUCAGCAGCUCUCGAAGACAGAGAGAGAGAGAGCCAAGGGGAGGACACAUCGAGCCCCAGGGCCCGAGAGCGAGGGGAGGGAGCUCUUGCGAUCCUGGCUUCGCUUCUCUCUCUGCGGAGGGAGCUUCGUCGUCCUCGUCUUCGAGCGGUGCCCUGUCCGCUCGUCGCUCGAUUUGUGCUCUGUUUCCUUGCCCUCGCGCAUCUGAGGUGAAAGAGGAGAAAGAGGCGGUCGCUGCGGACUUUUCUUUAUCUUCGCUUCUUCGUGUCUUUCGACGAAGAGCGCGAGUUUGCUGCGCCCUGUCUUUGGUUCCUUUGAUUGGGCUUAAUUUGGAUCUGGCUCCGUGAUUUUCUGUGCUCCCAAGGGCUGGGCGCUCGAACUCGCUGUCACUCGUCCUUCGGUCGCUUGAGGAAGGGCAGCUGUAUUUUCACGGGGUUUGCUCCGAGUUCGAGUUUGCUUCAAUUCGAAACGUGGGAGCCGCCAGCUCUUAACGACGAGGCGUGGGGUGAAGGAAUGGCGUUGAUGGGCUCUGCUUUGGGCAGCGAGGUCGGGUUACGCCUCUUGCUUUCCCCAGCAGCAUCUAAUGUGAUCGUGCGCUCAGCAUGUCAUAUCGUGGGAGUUGGAUUUCCGAUCUACUCCACACACAAGGCAAUUGAGCGCAAAGAUCGUAACGAGCAAGAAAUGUGGCUUGUCUACUGGGCAGCCUAUGGAUGCUUCAGCGCAGUGGAAAUGUGCACGGACAAAUUGCUCUCCUGGUUCCCAAUGUAUUAUCACGCCAAGUUCGUGUUCCUCGUCUGGCUCCAACUGCCGAAUAAUUAUGGAGCGAGGUACACGUACAUAAACUUGAUAAGGCCUUUCUUAAUGAAGCAUCAAGCUAGACUGGACCGCAUCGUAGACGGCACCCGAAAUGACAUGAACAAGUUUAUUAUCUCUCACCAGAACGAGAUCUUGGCCAUCAGGAGUACAGUUCAAAAGGUUGCCUUGACAGCCUACCGGGCUGUAGAGGAGGCUCUGCGCUCAACGAGAAUCGAAGGCUCCCGACCAGACCAAGGAUCGAGCACGGAUGGUACUGAUGCCCCACGAUCUGAUGAUGAAUCCUCUGUAGCUGGCUUUGAAUCCGUUGCAGGGCACCCGAUCGAGGAUCCAAGCUGGAUCGAGGUACCACGAGUUGAGAAUUUGAGAGAUAGAUCAAACCAAGGUGCUUCUAGAUAAAUUGUCAUUCAGAUUUUCCCAUUUUGUCAGACGGUGUGACAGACAGUUAUCUGAGAGCCUUGUCACAUACAUACAAGACUGAGGUCUGUGGAUCAAGAGCAGGGACAUGUAUGGCCUGCGGGAAUGAUAAGCUGUAAAGUAACCUCAUAUUUCUGCUAGCACCAGCGGUGAGGUCCUUUAAAGUGUUGAAAGGGGAUACAUGUCAAAUUUAGAGUGAGGUUUUCUUCCUAUGUCGGAAGUGACUUUUGCACCAUCUAGUUUAUUGGUGCCGGUACGCAAUACGUAGGCUAUAAUAUCGAGGUUAGAUGUACAUUGGUAGGGUUAUUGGCAUCUCUCUUGAUACCCACGGCACGUGUGGUUGUCUUGAUUUUGCUUCACGUAAGUCUCUGGAUCGGCUCGAGACUUUUUUGAAUAAAAAUGAUGAUGGAAAUGAAUA